AGAGCAGAGAGAUCCCCCCCGAUUCGGCGCCCACUCCCCCCACGCGCCCGGCAUUCCGCAUCCGGCGCAUGGCAUGGCCUCCCCGGACGCCUGCGCCGCCCUCGCCCGCCCGCCCGCCCUCCUCGACUACGCCGCCAUCCACUCCUGCCUCCUCCGCGGCAACGCCCGCCUCUCCCUCCCGCUGCUCGCGCUCCUCCUGCUCCUCCACUUCCGCCUCCUCGCCGCCGCCGCCUCCGCCCACUUCACCCCCGCCGUGUCCCGCCUCGCCGCGCGCCUCCGCCUCUCCCCGUCCAUGGCCGCCGUCACGCUCCUCGCGCUCGGAAACGGCGCGCCCGACGCCUUCGCCUCCGCCGCCGCGCUCGGGGGGGCCGGGGGGAUGCCCAGGGCGGGGCUCGCGGCGAUCCUCUCCGCCGGCGCCUUCGUCUCCGCGUUCGUCGUGGGCGCCGUCGCGCUCAUCGCCGCGCCCUUCGCCGUCCCGCCGGCGUCGUUCGCGCGGGACGUCUUCUUCUACCUCAUCGCCGCGUCCGGCCUGUUCUACAUCUACCUCAGCGCCGAGAUUUUCCUGUGGCAGGCCGUGGGGCUGGUCCUCUUCUACGUCUUCUUCGUGGGGUUAGUGUUCUACAUGGAUUUGGGUGGUGAUGAGGGAAAGGGCGUCACCAACUCCGUCGCGGAGCUGCAGAUGGCGAAUGGCAUCGGCCAUGUGGCCAUGGACUUGCCAGUCACAGUGGAGGAUCACAAGCAACAACACCCUGCUUUGGGUACGGUGCUCAGGAAGGUGACAGAAGUUUGGGAGUGGCCUAUUGCAUUUGUUCUGAAGCUCACCAUACCAUCAACCCUUCCUUCUGAGUGGAACAAAGUUUACAUUUGUGCAAACAUCUGUCUAUGCCCACUCUUACUCCUGUAUUCUUUCAGCUCGUUCAUUCCUCUAGAUACCCGAAUAGUGUUUCUUCUCCCUCAAAUCCGUUUCCCUAUAUGGUCUGUUGUGCUUUUUGCUAGCUUGUGCUUGGCUCUAUCCCACUUUCUUCUAGAGAAAGAAGCCCCAGGAAGAGAAAACAUUGCAAGCACCCUCAUCUCUUUUAUGAUGAGUGUCUUCUGGAUCUCAACGAUGGCUGGAGAGCUUCUGAACUGCCUUGCAGCUAUUGGAGUCAUCAUGGAUUUUCCUCCAGCUAUCCUUGGAAUGACGGUGCUGGCAUGGGGGAAUUCUGUCGGUGACCUUGUCGCCGAUGUGGCCUUGGCCAAGGCUGGCCAGCCUACCAUCGCCAUUGCAGGAUGCUUUGCUGGCCCAAUGUUCAAUAUGCUGGUGGGGUUGGGAACUGCACUUGUAGUACAGACGGCAAGAAUGUACCCCAGAGCUUAUGUACUUGAAUUCCAUGUCGGGAUUGUUGUUGCAUUUGUGUUUCUUCUUCUGAGCUUGAUGGGCACCCUGCUGGUGGUCACCUGGGCUAGGUUUAGAGUACCCAGAUUUUGGGGCUACUGCCUCAUGGGGAUAUACAUCUUGUUUACCAUAGUGAGUAUUGCUAUUGCGAGCACUUCUGGAUGAUCAUUAUGACUUGUAAAUUGAUACAGUUGAUCCUA